AUGCUAGUAUGGAGAAAUAGAUGGAUUCAGUUUUGCUCUUUGAAAUUUCUCCAUAAUUGUCGACGAUUUACUUGGUGUCGUGUUGCAAACAAAUCACCAAAAGCAAAAGGUGUACAAUUGCUUCAAGGCGCUUUAGGGCCUCCAUUGGAACUGAUUCAACCAAAAGAAAAAAAUAUUUUGCCUCCUUUAUUAAAGGAAGUUAAGCUUCAACAAAAGAAGUUCGCCGACUGCAUACUGCUAACGAGAGUUGGUAAUUUUUAUGAAUUGUACUUUGAUCAAGCAGAGGAACUAGGUCCUCUAUUAAAUUUAAGAGUUUCAAAAAAGAAGACUUCCAAUUAUGAAGUUUCUAUGGCAGGAUUUCCUUUCUUCAAGCUUGAUAGGUAUAUCAAAGUUCUAGUUGAAGAUUUGAAAAGAUGCGUUGCACUAAGUGAAGAAGUUCUUCGUCCUGCUGAUGACUUUUCAUCAAAAAAUAUGUAUACUCGUUUUGUUGCGCGUGUAAUAACUCCAGGGACUCUCAUUGAUGAAAACUUUAUGGACCCUUUUCAGAGUAAUUAUGUCAUGUCUAUUAUAUCUCAAGAUGCUGUUCAUAAUGUUGUUGAAGGAGACACCGCUUCUGGAGGUUUAGAUAGAAAGUCUCAUAGUCUUCGUAUUGGACUAUCAUGGUUGGAUUUGUCAACAGGUGAAUUUUUCUCUCAAACUAGUGACAGCCAACGUUUAGCAGGAGAUUUAGCACGUAUCCAACCGAAAGAGAUUGUUUUGGAUAGUCGAUUACAGGCCGGCAGCACUCACCCUAUUCUGGACAGUAUCGAUCAAAAUAUAUAUUUUAUAUCUUACACCCCUAUGCAAAAUUGGAGCUUACAGCAAUGGUCUUCUUACUUAGAGAAAGAAAUUGAUUCCUCAUAUGCAGAGAAUUGCUCUGAAUUAGAAAGAAAAGCUGGUUCUGUUUUGUUGUCAUAUGUGUCUGAUCGUUUAGUAAAUUCACAUACAAACCUUCGCGCUCCGGUUCACGUUUCUUUACGAAACUCCAUGUUGAUAGAUGCUUCUGCUAUGAAAGGGCUUGAAAUAAGGUCAUCCCUACAGGAAAAUCGCUAUGCCGGCAGUCUACUGCAUGCAAUAAAAAGAUCAGUAACUAAGUCUGGGUCUCGUUUACUGACUCAGCGACUUUGCUCUCCUUCUACUGAUAUUGCUGAGAUCAAUAGAAGACUCGAUUUGGUCGAAGUAUUCAUUCAUCAGGACCAACUUCGAACAGAUAUUAGGCAUUUACUUAAACGAUCGAAUGAUACACACAGAAUACUUCAGCGGCUUUUGAUGCGCCGUGGAAAUGCUUACGAUUUGCUAGGACUUUCCAAUAAUUUUUCUAUUAUAAAAAGUAUAGAAAGUCUUCUUACUGAGGCAAAUUCCAAAACACUAAAGCCGUUGCUAAAUGCUUUUCAUCAACAUGACGCUUUAGCUUCCCUCAUUUCAGAAGCUUUAAAUGAAGGUGCUUUGGUGCAAAAACGUGACGAAGAGGAAAAAGAAGCUGAGGAUAUCGCUGCUGAAUCAACAGAAUUGUCUGAAUCCGAGCCGAUCGUCACUGGUGCUAGGAAACGAUUACCCGUUUCUGAAAAUGCUUUUAAGCAAAAUUUUUUUGAUAUUUGGAUUGUUAAACCCACGUUCAACGAAACUUUGAAAACUCUGCAUAAGCGUAUCGGACGCCUGCUGCUUUCCUACGAGAGGCUACAAAAUACUUUGGAUAAGAAAUUUGAAAGCAAAGCAACUUUACGAAAAAGUCCUUCAAAGUUAUACUAUGUGCACAUUAAGUCCUCCAGUAGCCUUAUGCUGAAGGAAUUUACGUCCAUCUUUCCAAAGGCUACGGUGUUUAAUACUACCAAAACUACAGCUAGCGUUCAACUUUCAGAAUGGUCUUCUCUUGGUUUAGAGCUUGAAAGCGCUAAAUCGUUCAUUCAUCAAGAAGAAGCUCGCGUACUGCAAAUGAUUAUUGAUACAGUGCUAAAAGAACACAGAAAAAUACGUGAUACUGCCAACCUAUUGGAUGAGCUUGAUAUAUCUACGUCUUUCGCAGAUUUAGCUGUCGAAUGUGAAUUUUCACGACCAGUUAUGAAUGAUUCUCUAUCACAUACAAUAAUUCAAGGUCGUCAUCCUAUCGUUGAAAAGGGUCUUAAGAAUAAAUUAUAUCAGUUUACGCCGAAUGAUUGCUUGGUUGGGAAUUCCGGCGACAAUAUCUGGCUUUUGACUGGUCCUAACAUGGCAGGGAAAAGCACCUUUUUGAGGCAAAAUGCAGUUAUAUCUAUAUUAGCACAGAUGGGUAGUUUUGUACCGGCAAGCUAUGCAAAAAUAGGUAUUGUGGAUCAAAUAUUUAGUAGGAUCGGGUCUGCCGAUAACCUAUACCAUCAACAGUCUACCUUCAUGGUGGAGAUGAUGGAAACUGCUUUCAUUUUAAAGAAUGCAACAAGCCGGUCUUUUAUAAUAAUGGAUGAAGUGGGACGUGGAACUACUGCUAGAGAUGGUUUAGCAUUAGCUUAUGGGUGCUUGAAGUAUUUAUGUGAUGUUAAUAAGGCUCGCACACUAUUCGCUACGCAUGCACACGAGUUAGCAGAGAAAUUCAAAGCAUAUAAAAACGUCAAAUGCUAUUGUACUGAUAUCGUUGUUAACGAGAAAACCAAUACCUUCACUUUCGAUUAUAAGAUUCGAGAGGGUGUUAACAAGAGAUCUCACGGAUUAAGAGUAGCUGAAGUAGCUGGUCUCCCAAAAGAAGUAUUGGCAGCGGCUAAUGAACUUCUCCAACAAACCGCAAGUCCUUAA